AUGAGCACACUGACUGAAAACACUCCCGACCCCUCUAAAAACUCACCUACCGCCAAAGAACGUGGGGACGAGGCUAAUACACCAGUUAGAAGGAGGGGCACAGGAGUGAGCUUCCCCCAGGACUCCUCCACACAGCCGCCCCCGGAGCCCACAACCAGCUCGCCCGGGCCUUCGCAACGGGAACCACGCUCGGAGCUAAGAGAUCGCACCGACGCUGACCCCCCGCCAGCACUGCAAGCGAACUUUGACCUGGAGCCAGCCACAGACUCGGACACGGAUGAGGAAGAGGGAAGCCAAGUCUACAAAAUAGAAAAGCAUAAGGUUACCAACAGGACGAAGGAGGACUGGUCCUUGAGAGUGACCAGACCCGUUUUGAUCCUGGGAGAUUCUAAUGUCGCCAGGAUCAAGGAUCAAACCUUUCCCUUCCUUCAAAUCGACAGCGUUCCCGGAGCCAAUCUACUUCACGCGACAGAACUCCUCAGGAACACACCAAAUCAGCCCCAAGUAGAGAGCGUGGUCCUCUCCUUUGGGCUGAACAACAGACAGCAAAAACAGAGCGAGACAGGCAUUAAACAAAUGCAGAGCCUGAUCAGGGAGGCCAAAAAGACAUUUCCAAAUGCCAACAUCAGAGUGCCUCUGAUCCAGACCUCAAGAGAGCUCCCCCCAAAGGAGAGAGAUGGUCCAUGUUUCUCCAACUUCUCCAUGUUCAUUGGGCCGGAAGAAGAGUUUCCCACAUUAGUCCGCUGCAAGGGCAAGUAA